GUCGGCCAGCUAGGCAUGCAGACUGUCGGCAAGCUAGGCAUGCAGACUGUCGGCAAGCUAGGCAUGCAGACUGUCGGCAAGCUAGGCAUGCAGACUGUCGGCGAGCUAGGCAUGCAGACUGUCGGCGAGCUAGGCAUGCAGACUGUCGGCGAGCUAGGCAUGCAGACUGUCGGCGAGCUAGGCAUGCAGACUGUCGGCGAGCUAGGCAUGCAUACUGUCGGCGAGCUAGGCAUGCAGACUGUCGGCGAGCUAGGCAUG